ACUCGGCCGUCUCGCUAACGAGGCAGGCGUGGCAAUGGCCCAUGCAAGUGAAGGAGAUAAUGGAGGGGGCCACUUUAGGGCAUUUGUCGAGAGGGUACGCAGAAGUUGCAGGCGGAUGGCCGCGAAGCUUAAUUGCAUGGCUCGCCCUGACGAGGACUUUGGUCCACUGGCCCCUGGUGCGGGAGCUUCUAGUGCAUGUGGCCCCACCUCAAGCAACCGUACACCGAUUCACUACGGUGAUGUGAGCGCUACAACUCCUUUGCCCUCCGGUUCCAGAAGUCGUUCGCGGUCCACUUCGAGGACGGCAUCAUGUGCCGUGUCUAGGGGGAAAGCAAUCCAGUCACCAGAAACCAGUGAAGAGUCCGACCGCCAGGACAACUCAAAAGAUGAAGACCCAACCUUUCAGGUACUCAGGAUGUCUCAGUUAUUUGAUGCUCCCCCAGGAACGCAGACUCAGGGCGAAUCGAGCCAGGCACCUCAGGAUGCACCCCCAGACUCUCCUCCGCGUCGCCGAUAAAGGCGUUCUCGUGAGCACACCGACGUUGGUAGCACGAACGUGCUCCCAACAGUCCUGGAAGGCAACGGCGCCCCACCGACCCUUUCAGCCCUGGAGCGUGGACGGCGCCGUAGAUGAAGGAGCACCGACACUUUGUUCCUAGAUGUAUUGUAAAAAUGCUACCUAGAACCUAUUUGUGCUUGUCAUGAACUCUUUGUGUUUGUCAUGGACCACUUU